GGUCAUUGAUAUGAUAAGUAUUUUUUUAAUCAGGUCAUGCACAGUCCGUCUGCCAACAUUUUAUGUUUCUGCAGUCAAACAGGGAGAAGAGGAUCGCCAUGGCUUCAAAAUCAGCAGUGAGUGGAUUGGUCAUCUUACUUCUCUCUGUGCCAGUGGUCCAAGGUCGGAAUAAUUGGGAUGUGACUUUAGCCUCUGCUCCAAUCUGUGCUUUUAAAGGAUCAACAGUGGUCAUACCCUGCACCUACACAUAUCCAUCAAGAAUGGAUGGCAUUGAUUUAAGAGUUCAGGAUACUUUCUGGUUCACUAAAAUGAAUGGAAAUCAGUAUGUAGACCUGAAAUCAGACCCAGACUACUCUGGUCGGGUGGAGUAUUCUUCAAAUGAGAAUAACUGCACUCUGAAAAUCAUCAGCGUGAGAGAGAGCGACUCAGCUGUGUACAAGUUCAGAUUCACAACAAACAAACAAGGUGGAAGUUACACUGGUGAAGGAGUUUCUCUGACCAUCACAGUCUUUCAGGUGCAGGUGGAGCAGGUAUCCACCCAGGCGGUGUUGAAGUGUCACAGCAGCCGCACUCUACCUGAUAAGCCUUCGUACGUCUGGUACAAAAAUGGAGUAGAAAUGUUUGGAAUUACAUCUUUUCGCAUCUCUGCUGACAUUAACAGCAGUUAUUCCUGUGCUUUUAAAGGUGAUGAUGAUCAGCGCUCUACUGAAGAAUGGGUUCAGGGCUGGAGUGUGACUUUCCCGUCUUCUCAGAUCUGUGCAGUGAAAGGAUCAACAGUAGUCAUACCCUGCAGCAUCACAUAUCCAUCAAGAGUGAAUGGCAUUGAUACAAGAGUAGAGGAAACCUUCUGGUCUGCUAAGAUAAAUAGAAAUCAACGUGUAGACUUGAAAUCAGACCAAAAUUACUUAGGUCGAGUGGAGUAUCUCUCUAGCAUGAACAUCUGCACUCUGAGACUCAUCGAUGUGAGACUUAGUGACUCAGCAGAGUACUGGUUUGGAUUUAAAACAAACCAAGCAGAGGAAAGUGUUACUUCUUCAUCUGGGGUCUCUCUGUCUGUCACAGAUCUUCAGGUUCUGCCUAAAAGAAUACAGAACCAGGUUGAGCUGACGUGUCACAGCAGCUGUAAUCCUGCUGAUAAUCCUUCAUAUGUCUGGUACCAAAAUGGAUGGAGAGAAAGUGAAGGGACAACAACUUUAAGAGUCUCCUUCAAUGAUAACAACAGGUAUUCCUGUGCAUUCAAAGGACAAGAAGAAUACCGCUCUCCAGAAGUGUAUGCUCCACAGGUUUGCUCAGACUCUAGGAGUCCAACUGGUGAAAUCAGGGAGAACAGUCAAGUGACUCUGAGCUGUAGCUGUGAUGUUUACCCUGCACCUGAGUAUACCUGGUAUAAAGAAUACCAAAGAGAACCUCUCAGGAACACAUCACACCUCAUCUUUAGUUCCAUUCAGUCCUCUGAUGCUGGACGGUAUUACUGUAGAGCAAAGAAUGAGCUGGGGGAGAAGCUGUCAUCAUUCAUUUCCGUUGAUGUGAAAUAUGCUCCAAAGCCUCCCUCUGUGUCGGUGAGUCUUGGUGAGGUAGUGGAGGGAUCUUCAGUGACUCUGACCUGUAGUAGCAAUGCCAACCCAGCAGCCACUUACACCUGGUACAAAACAACACAAUAUUCACAAAGUGCAAGCUCUGGAAAACAACUUUAUCUCAGGUCCAUCAAGGCCUCUGACUCUGGGGAUUAUUACUGUACAGCGAGGAACUACCUGGGAGAGAAAUCUGGAUCCAUUAGUAUUGAUGUGAAGUAUGCUCCAAAAUGGACCAUAAUAUCAGUGAAUCCUCCUGGUGAGAUAGUGGAGGGCAGCUUAGUGACUCUCACCUGCAGCAGUGUUGCAAACCCAGCAGCUGUUUACACCUGGUACAAGAAGGACAGGUAUCAAACCAUCCGAUGGCCUAUAAAAGAACCACAGCUUGAGUUCAGCUCCAUCGAGUCCUCUGACUCUGCAGAGUACAGCUGUGAAGCUGAGAACAAACUGGGAAAGGAGACCUCUGAAUGGAUCCUUAUUGACGUGAAAUUUGCUCCAAAACCCCCCUCUUUGUUAGCGAGUCCCUCUGCUAUAAUAGAGGAGGGCCAGUCAGUGACUCUGACCUGUAGCAGUGAUGCUAACCCACCAGCUAAUUACACCUGGUACAAGGAGAAUGAAGACUCACCAAAAGCUGCAGAGCAGAUUUAUACUAUCAGCAAUGCAAGAUCUGAACACAGUGGGAAUUAUGUCUGUGCCACCCAAAACACAAGAGGGUAUCACAACUCCACUAUACAUCUGAGUGUGAUGGCAGCAGGAGCAUGGAGAGUAACUACUUCUGUGACUGUUCCUGCUAUUCUCCUCACCAUCAUUCUCAUCUUUGUCUUCAUUUGGAUCAUUAGAAAGAGGAGGGCCUCCAAGCAACCGUCUGAGCCAGGAGAAAGAGCAGACAACAGUGAACAGAUACAGCCAUCAGAGCAGCAGGAUGAGCUUCAUUAUGCCACUGUGCACUUUAACAAAAACCUGACUGAACCUGUCUACUCCAACAUUCAACCAACUAAGCCCAAAAGACACAAACAACAGAAGGAAGACGAGAUGGUGGAGUACGCUAUGGUUAAAUUUCAUGGUGCCAGUACAGUCCAGAGUGCCAUCAGUCAAGAAGCUUUGGAGGAUCCAGCUGCAUUGUACAGUACAGUCAACAAACCCAACAAAACCCAUGGACGAAGUCACUUCUAGCUUCCACAGAAAUCCCAGCAGAGAGCCGCUCUAAAGCUAAGGCCAGAUCUGACAGCGGUAGGGUGUGGGAACCGUCAGCCUUGAAAAUCAGUCCUUUUACCUUGUGCAGUGGGUCUGAGUUAACGUGGAACGCCUCCUGACCUCCUGACAGAAGUCUGGCAUCUUUUGAGUUUGUGUUCUAUAACGUGUUGUAGCGUCCUGCAUCCACAUUCACCACCACACAGCCCCCACCAUCCUGUGCACAGUCAAUCAUGAGUUCACUCCUCCCCACCCAUGAGUCAUCCACCACCAAUCAUCACUCACCCAGUUUUCCCCGCGCGAUCCGAACUCUUCCUCCAGGAAGUAUAUUCGCAUGACUGCUUGGGUUGGCUGAAAGUGAGGAGGACGCCGGCUUACUUGCCAUAGUAGCACUGAAAAAAAUCUGCGUCUCUAUCGUUUCAUGCCGUGUUCACCUUCAUUUAUCCCUUUAUCCUUCGGUCCUGGGUCCAAGUCGGGCGAAGAAGGAUAAUUGUGUGUUUCCUUACUGUGUGGAGUCAUUGGACGGAGCGCCUCAUCCUCUGGGCAGGAAUCCUGAGGGUUUUCCGGAGUGGCAAACGAAGUCCGACUGACCUAACUGACUAUUGACUGCGCUGCGGUAGCGUGAGUGCCAAGUGUUUGUUUGUGUUAUUUCUGGUGUGUAAACAGCAAAAAAGAGACACUGGGUUUUGGUUUAUUUUUGGACUGUGGAGAGUUUUGGGGGAGUCCGUGGUGAAACCCAGACUGGAAUUUUGUUGUGAACUGGGAAAUUCUAUUGUCUGAGCUGGACUGAACUGUGUUGUUGAUUUUUGUUUGGAAAACCCGGAACGGACUCAUAUUUUGAACUGAAAUGAACUGAACUGAGAGAGUUGAACUGACACGCACACACGCACCCACGCGCACAUACAUUGCUUGGCUUUAUUUUUUGUGCCUUUUGCUUCUUGUGCCUGCAUUGAAUAUAAUUUGAAAAAUCUGCGUUGGUUUGCUUGGUUAUUUUGCAUUGCUGAACUUUUUGCUGAUAUUGCUCAUUUAUAUUGCAUUGCAUUUUCACUGCUGAGUGUGAAUUAUUGUUUUCUGUGGGUAAAAAUUAAACUUUUGUUUACUGUUGACCAAUGAGAGUACAAAAUGCCCUGCAUGUGCAGAGAAUACAAAGGUAAACAAAACUAUCUGAUGAAACAAAAAAGAAACAUGUGCUGUCAGAUGAACUAUGAGACAGAAGAAAGGUUUGUCAAGCUGGUAACAACAACCCUGCAUUUAUAAUGUGACAUGAAGGGACCAACAUGACGGACUGAAAAAAAGAGGAAUGUUGGCUGAAAUAAGAGACAUUCUUCAACAACCUGGUUAAUACUGGCUGUUAGCAGUUUCAUCAGGCCAGCAUAUCACUCAUCUUCAACGUUUAGAGACAGAGAGACAAAAAAAUACAGGAUUGUACA